ACGUACACGGAUCUUAGCUGUGGUGGCGGCUGUUGCUCUCCCGCGCUCUCCGUUGAGCCCUACGUCCUGACCAGUCUAUGGUGUUUCCUGGACUCCCUGGCACCGUCAUGUCGCGCUCGGAAGAGGUGCACAGGGUCACCGAGAAUGUCUACAAGACAAUCAUGGAACAGUUUAACCCCAGCCUCCGGAACUUCAUAUCCAUGGGGAAGAACUAUGAAAAGGCCUUGGCAGGUGUGACGUAUGCUGCAAAAGGAUAUUUUGAUGCUCUGGUUAAAAUGGGAGAAUUGGCCAGUGAAAGUCAAGGAUCUAAAGAAUUAGGGGAUGUUCUGUUCCAGAUGGCUGAAGUCCAUAGGCAGAUUCAGAAUCAGUUAGAAGAGAUGCUGAAGUCCUUCCACAAUGAACUACUAACACAGCUUGAGCAGAAAGUAGAGCUGGAUUCACGAUAUCUAAGCGCUGCACUAAAGAAGUACCAGACUGAGCAAAGGAAUAAAGGGGAUGCACUAGAGAAAUGCCAGGCUGAAUUGAAGAAGCUUCGGAAGAAGAGCCAAGGAAGCAAAAAUCCUCAGAAGUAUUCAGAUAAGGAGCUGCAGUUUAUUGAAGCAAUGACCAAUAAACAAAGUGAGCUGGAGAACUACGUGUCUGAUGGUUACAAAACAGCACUCACAGAAGAGAGGCGGCGAUUCUGUUUCCUGGUGGAGAAGCAGUGCUCUGUGGCCAAAAACGCCCUUACGUACCACUCCAAGGGAAAAGACAUCUUGACACAGAAGCUCCUGUUAUGGCAGCAGUCUUGUUCUGAUCCCAACAAGAUCCCAGAGCGUGCUCUUCAGCUUAUGCAGCAGAUGGCCCUCAGCAGCAAUGGUUCUGUUAUGGCCACACCUCUGUCAACAUCCAAGUCAAACCUCAUCAUCUCGGACCCUAUACCUGGUGCCAAACCUCUCCCAGUCCCACCAGAGCUGGCACCUUUUGUAGGACGAAUGUCUGCACAAGAGACCAUCCCAGUGAUGAAUGGUGUCUCAGGCUCGGAAGGUGAAGAUUACAGUCAUUGGUCCGACCGAAAGCCUCCUCAGCCGAAGUCCUUAUCCCCACCACAAACUCAGAAGCAACUGAGUGACUCUUACUCCAAUACUCUCCCUGUGCGCAAAAGCGUAAUGCCGAAAAACAGCUAUGCAGCCACUGAAAACAAGACUCUUCCCCGUUCCAGCUCCAUGGCAGCAGGGCUAGAAAAGAAUGGCAGAACCAGGGUGCGAGCCAUCUUCUCUCAUGCUGCUGGGGAUAACAGCACCCUUCUGAGCUUCAAGGAGGGAGACCUGAUUACAUUGCUUGUGCCUGAGGCCCGAGAUGGGUGGCACUAUGGAGAGAGUGAAAAGACAAAACUGAGAGGCUGGUUUCCUUUCUCCUACACCCGUGUGCUGGAUAGUGAUGGGAGCGAUAGAUUACAUAUGAGCCAGGGGAAAAGCAGCAGUACAGGUAACCUGUUGGACAAAGAUGAUAUCCCCCCUCCAGAUUACAGCAUGUCCUCCCGAACUUUCCAGUCACAGAAUGUCAGCACUUUCAAACAGAGGCCGUACAGUGUGGCAGUGCCACCAUUCGCCCAGGAGUACCUUAUGCCCUACAGUUGUGCAAUUAAUGAAUAUUCCUGUGGCCUCUUCCCAGUGUCACCUGCCUCCUACCAGCCUUACUCUAGGUCAACAGCCGGGCUGGAUGACUAUGGGGCAAGAUCCUCAAGCAGGAAUCCUUUUGCCAAUGUCCAGCUCAAACCAACCGUGACAAAUGAUCGUUCAGCUCCUCUCAUCAGCUGAUCCAGAAAUGUUGGGUUACGGCGGGUACCUUGCACCUUUUUAUUUCGCUUUCACUUGUGUUGUAUUUCUUUGAUGUCCUUGUACAGUUUACAUGUCUCUCCCCACAACUCUGUUUCGGUAGUUAAAUGGCGUUUUGGCCUCCUGCUUGAAAAGCAGAUGCUGGUGUGCUUUUCCUUUUGCUCAUUAGAAACAGAAGACAAACUUGGCCCUUGGAGAGAUAUGAAUCUUGAGAGUGAUGCUACGCUGCUAUACUGAGUGGAGACCUAGAUAGACCGAAAAGCAGGCCCUGCCUUCUUCACCUCUACAACUAUAUGCACCAUUCAUAAACGUUUUAAGAAUAGCCAAGGAGAUAGGUGAACCUUGCUGUUUUGCAUGUCCUAUAUUUGCCAGUUAAAAUUUCUCCUGGAAGUCCUUUUUCAUCUUCAAUCAAAGCAUGUGGAUUUGAAUAGGACUUCAGAUUUGUCAAGAAAAGCUUUGGGGCGGCCUAGUGCCAUCAAAUGAAAUGGAUGACCCUAGUCCUGCUCCCUCAACCCUCAGAACUGCCUGUGACAUGGACUUGAAUCUCGUAAGGGCUCCCUGGUAGCUCCCUCUUCACCUUGUGUUGGACUUUUGCUGGAUAAAAGUAAAGUAAAAGUUUUACUGUAUCAAUGUUUAGAAGAGCUGGGCUCCUCAAAGCAAUUGUCUCAAUUUGACAUUUAGAUUUUUAUUAACAGUCCAUCUCUCCUCAAAUAUAUCCAUCCUGCUUGCCUGUGAUGAUUUGUAAGUGGCAAGGCCCAAUGAUGGCCAAGUUAUUGUGCAUAGAUUUUCUACCAUAUUAAGAUGGUUGGGGAGUGUUAUGCAGGAAAGGAAUAUUUUCUGUGUGCAACUAGCACCAUCUGUUGCUUGAGCAUUUGUUUCAUUUCACUGUAGCUUUAAAUAAACCAGGGAGGGGCUCUUCCCCCCUUCCUCAUUACAAAGCUAGCUUAAUUCCUACCAUGCCCAAAUUCCCCUUGCAAUGUCUUCUUAUUGACACAUCUUGACUGGUGCAGGUGUGUUCUCUGCUGCCAAAACAAGUUAGUGUAGACGGCCUGACCUCUGCCUUGGUAUUGGGUCUGUGCUGUUUGAAAGGUCCUUGUUUUAUGACUGAGGUCCUUAUUUUAUGACUGUAUUCCUAUUUUUUUUAAUCUAACCUGCUAAAUUAGAUGUUAAUUCAGUCAUGAAUAAGCUUUCUUCUUACGCUCUGUCCUAUUGGCUGUCAAGGUCUGUUAAGUUGUAGGGUAGACCAUUCAGCUCUGUAUAUAUAUUUAUGCAACCCAAGGUCAAUGAAUAGUUCUUGGAAGCAAUAGUUAUCAAAAUGGAACAGAAGUCAUCCACCAUUUGGAGUGCUGUUACUUCUUUGAAUUCCAGUUACAGCACCAGAGUCUGGCGAUAAUGGGCAACGCAAAAAUAAUUCCUAAAAUCCAUUUUACUUCAGAUAUGGAAUGAUAGAGGCAAAUUAGCAGUCACAUUUUUAGACCUGUGUUCUGUUCCUAUGCAUUGCCCUUUCUGUCUUUUAAAUUCUUACUGAUCAAACCCUAGUGAAUUCUGCUGGAUGCAGCUUCUGCCUCAUUCUACAUAAACUAGCCCUAGCUGACUGCGCAAAAUCUAUAUUUAGCUGCUGCUUUUUCCCCCAGAGAGAAAAUAUGAUAACAACUUGGCAUUUGUUUUCCUCUAAAAGUGGCAACGCUUUUGGUGUAAUCUUUGGCCAAAUCCUAAACAGUCUCUCCCAUGUGGUCCUUUGCUUAACCUAAAGUCAUUUGCAGUGGCUUUGAUUUUUCCAAUGACUUUUAAAAAGCAGUCACAGCUGUCUGGAAUAUAAGUUUCCCAGUCCCACCAUUAAAAUAAUCAUUCAAGUUCAAACUUGAUCAUAGCUUCUGUGCCCUCUGUUCUCAGUUUCUGAAUAACAUUACGGCUGGUUUUCUAUGAUACACUUAGCCCAGAAUGUAUUGUCUGGCUUAAUGUGUUGAGUGACCCAACCAUUGUGGUUUAUUCAAUAAACCAAAGUUAAACAACUGUGGCUUAGCAUGCUGUGUGCAUCCAGUUUAAGUGUCCCAUGCAAGCUUGGAGACUUCUAUAGUUUUUUGUUGGUGAGCAGUUCCAUCAUGACUUGUACAUUUCCCUCUGGCUUAUUAUGCACUCCUAUAGAUGUCUCAAAAUCUAUAUUUUUAUAUGAAGAAAUUUAGCUAAAACCAGUUAUAGAAAAUCUCUAACCUUGAUAGUUCAGAUAACCUGCCAGUAGCUGGUCUUAACUAAGGCUGCAAUCCUAAGGAAAAUUAUUGAAAAGAAAAAGCUCACUGGCCUUGUUUUUGAGUCAUACAACGGCAUGUGCUACAAGUGCAAUUUUUUUUUGCUGGAUUGCAUCUUUCUUCUAUUACAUUCCUUUUUUCAGAAUCAUUUUUCCUGUUGUUGAAUAAUUUACCUCAUGGUCUUUCUUCACAUAAGUAUAAUGAGGUUUCUCAGCCACACUGUACUGUUUUGAAAAAUGACAGUGAGUAUGUAUGUAUGUAUGUAUGUGUAUACACACACACACACACACGUUUUUAAAAAGUCAAACUUUGCCAAACUACUUCGAGGUUUUUUUUUUUCCUUUAAGGACGAAGAUGGAUUUUUAGUUCCUUCUUUCUUUGCUCCAGUCUCAAACCAGCUCCUUCCUUAUGUACUAUUUUCAGCAGUGUAGCCUUGCUGUGGAAUUAUUUAGAUCAAUGUUUCUCAACCUUGGCAAGUUGAAGUACACACAUCUUAAAGUUGCUAAGGUUAAGAAACUCUGAUUUAGAUGACUCAAGGAAAAUAGGAACCCUAGCUUGCCAAAUGGGGCUUUCAACCUUAACGGGGAGGGGGGUUGUCCAUCUGUCAGCUCCUGGAUUGAAUGUGGGAGAAAGGAUAACAGGUAAAGAUUUCCAAACAAACAUUGGCUCUUGCAAGAUGGACUAUCAGAAGGGUCAGAAAGUGAAGUAGGCUAGCUGAGGCUUGUCUUACGUUGCCUCAGUCCUUUAGGUGCCCUGUGCUACAGUAUAUGGGACGGUUUGAGGGAACAGAUGUUCUAUAGGAGAUGCCAGAAAAUGGAGCCUAAUAUUGCCUUUCUUCUUUUGUUCACUGGGGGGGGGGGGUAGAAACUGGCAAUAACAAAUGAGGGAGAGGGUCCACAUGCAAGUGUUUUUCAAGGAAAGGUUGACUAUAAUCACUUCUAAAAUUCACUGGUUUUUUGACAACCUUCUCCCUGCCCUAAUUGCUACAUCCUCCUCUUUGAACUAUUUAAAUAAUUUAUCCUAAAUAGGUCCGGGAGCAUGUAAUGAAUGGGAAGCUUUUACUGCACUAUAUGUAAGAGUUGAUACAACACUAACAUAGCUGAGAAUGCAUCUGAGCAAUUCAACUGAAUCAUAUAAUGUGGCUGGGAAUUUUGGAAAUUGUAAUCCCAGUGCAUGUGGGGAGCAACAGGUUGGGAAAGCUGGUUUAGAUAGUGUCACUAGAUCUGCUUAUGCUCUUCAAGAGUCCCUUUUGUUAGGACUUGAAGAUUAAAAGAGGUUUCUCCUGGA